CUAAUUAUUAUUCUUCAAGGCAAAGACACCGUGGGAGGAGAGCGGUCAGGGAAAAGGCAGAAAACUAAUUACAAUUUAAGUUGGGGUACCUGGUAAGCGUUACAUGAUUUUCAUGUGGAAAGUGCAACCGAAACAGCCUGCUUAACGUCACUCGCCCAUCCAUGAUUGCACAAUCCUCCAAAAAACAGCCCAUUAAUUAUUUACACAAGACUCCCAAAAAUUGUAGACAAAAUUGGUUAGGCGCGGACUGCGGCAGGAAAACGAUGAACUUCCUGGUGUUAAUUUGAACUUUAACUUUUGUUUAUGCCCAUGGCUGCUGUUGUCGUUUUACCAGUACAAAAAGCCUUAUUUCUCUGCCUGUGAGUGAAAAUGAAACACCUGUCUAGAACAGUUGCUGGCAGGAUUGGACAUAUGGGUAGGUGCUUUGGGGAUCUAAUAACCCACUAAAGUAGAAAAUAUGUGGGUGUUUGUCCAAAUGGGGCUCUGGAUUUGGUCGGCUGUUGCGGUGAUCUUUUUCCAGGCUUGUGAUGGCCAGAGUGUGUUCAAUCCUCCUCCUAUGGUCAUCACAGUUGGGGUGGUUGUUAAUGGGAGUGCCAAGAUUGCUGAGACAUAUGAGAACUUCAUUUGCGCUACAUUGGAUUGGUGGCCUCCUGAAAAGUGCGACUAUGGCAGAUGCAGUUGGAUUCAGUCAUCCAUUCUCAAUUUGGAUCUCAAAAAUCCAAGUUUUGCAAAAGCCAUACAAGCUUUUGCUCCACUCAAAGUUAGGCUGGGUGGAACAUUGCAAGACAAACUAUUGUAUGAUGUUGGAAACCUGUCACAACCUUGCCAUCCUUUUAUGCGGAAUACUUCUCUCAUGUUUGGAUUCUCAAAGGGUUGUCUUACCAUGUCCAGAUGGGAUGAAGUGAACAGAUUUCUUGCAAAAACAGGGGCUAUGGUGAUGUUUGGCUUAAAUGCAUUGUAUGGUCGGUAUCAGAUAACAAAGGGUCAUUGGGGAGGUGCUUGGGAUUCAAGCAAUGCCCGGAAUUUGAUUCAGUAUACAGUUGAUCAUGGUUAUAAGAUUUAUGCCUGGGAGUAUGGAAAUGAGUUGAGUGGAUCUGGUAUUGGAGCAAGAGUUGAUGCUAAUGUGUAUGCUUCUGAUAUAAUCGAGCUUAAUAAAAUUUUGAAAGAAAUCUACAAACAUUCUCAUGAAAAACCAUUGUUGGUAGCACCUGAUGGAUUCUUUGAUCCAUCUUGGUUUCAAGCCAUUCUUCAAGAGACAGGGCCGAACAUUCUUAAUGCUGUUACACGACAUAUAUACAAUCUUGGAGCAGGUGUGGAUAAGAAUUUGACAACAAAGAUAUUAAAUCCAUCACACCUUAACAAAGAUGCUAUAAAGUUCAGAAGAAUGCAAGACAUUGUGCGCAAAUAUGGUCCUUGGUCAAGUUCUUGGGUUGGGGAAGCAGGUGGAGCCUUUAACAGUGGACAACAUCUUGUUUCAGAUGCUUUCAUAAAUAGUUUUUGGUAUUUAGAUCAGCUUGGCAUGUCUGCCACAUUCGAUACUAAAGUCUAUUGCAGGCAAAGCCUGAUAGGCGGUAACUAUGCACUUCUGAAUGUCACUACUUUUGAACCAAAUCCUGAUUAUUACAGUGCUCUUCUUUGGCAUCGGUUGAUGGGAAGGACUGUCCUUUCCAAUGAUUUUACAGGACCAACAUUUUUGCGUUCAUAUGCUCAUUGUGCCAAGAGUGAUAGUGGAAUAACUUUGCUAUUGAUCAACCUCAAUGGCGACACGAGUAUUGAUGUUAAUGUUUCUGCUUAUCCAAAUAUUACCGAAAGCAAGAAAGGUCAGACUGCAAAAGAGUCUUUUGUACAUGCACUGAAGAAAUUUUUUUCCUGGGCUGGAAGCAAAACAUCAGAUGUCAAAGACUAUAGGAUGGAAUACCACUUAACGGCAAAAGAUGGCGACCUCCAUGGCCAAACAAUGCUUCUAAAUGGUGCAAUUUUGAAGUUAACUGAAGAUGGGGAUAUUCCUCCGUUAAAUGCUGUCAUGGUUGAUGCCACACUCCCCAUUUCCGUAGCUCCUUUUUCUAUUGUUUUUGUUUCUUUACCUGGUAUCAGUGUUCCUGCUUGUUCGUAGUAGCAAUGGAUUAGUUAUUUAUUUUAAAUUUAUAUUAUAGUUCAUCCAAUUGGGCUCCCUUUUAAAGUGUAUAGUACAAACAGGUACAAGAGCAUGUGCAACUGGUACGUGGGACAGUAUUAUUUGUCUCAAGGUGCCCAUUAAAUUGUUCACUUGCAAUAAAAAAAACAUAGGCAUUGAUAGCUUUUCCCUUUU